UUAUAACAUUUUGAGAAUGGCAGGAGGUUCACCAUGCGCUUCAUGUAAGCUUCUCAGACGCCGCUGCACCAAAGACUGCAUCUUUGCUCCCUAUUUCCCUCCCGAUGAUCCUCACAAGUUCGCUAUUGUUCACAAAGUUUUUGGAGCCAGUAAUGUUAGCAAGAUGCUACAGGAACUUCCAGUUCAUCAGAGAGCAGAUGCAGUAAGCAGUCUGGUAUUCGAAGCAAACGCAAGAAUGAGAGAUCCAGUUUACGGGUGCGUAGGGGCGAUAUCUUACUUGCAGAAUCAGGUUUCGCAGCUGGAAAUGCAGCUGGCGGUUGCUCAGGCUGAGAUCUUGUGCAUACAGAUGCAGCAAGAACCAAAUACUGCAAAUAAUAAUAAUAAUUUAGCAGGAGUAGGGCAGAUGAUGGAUUUCCCAUGCAGUAAUAUUGAUCAUGAAGACAAAUCUAUUCUUUUUGGGAGUAAUGGUAAUUACAGUUUGAGCAACCUGUUACCUUCAACGCUUUAUACUAGUCGACUCUGUUGA